AUGGAUCCAGGAAAUUAUUAUCAGCUUUUAAGAGGAUCACGCUUAGUAGCACUUCCACAAGCAAUUGGAAAACGGACAUCAGAAAAGUAUUAUCCAACACAUCAAAUUAUAAAAUCACCUCCUAGUUCUCAUUUCCGAGGAAAUUGGGGUCUUAAACGUGAUAUGCCGCAGAUCAGAGCCUCAUAUAUUUCUAUUGAUUCACUUGAUACACUACAACAUCAAACACCUUUUGAAAGUGGAAACAAUAAAUUUAACUUUCUUCAACGCUGGAAGGAAAUGAGAAUACAUUUAUAUACAACAAAAUUAAUAAACAAUAAUAAAAAGGAAGAAAAAGAUCUUAAAAAUACUCUAAAAACACCAAUUUCGCCUUUUGUACCAGUUAAAAUAUCUAAAAAAAACGCGUUACACAAAAACAUAUCAGACAUGUCGUUUAAAGAAUUUAAAAAAUAUAUUCAAAAAUUGAAAGCAAAAAAAGAGCAUUUCAUACAAUUUGUAAUUCAACAACAAAAAGAGUCUUUAUUUGAAUAUCAACAGACAAAACUUCCUCACUUUUCUAAAUCAAUUGGAUUACAAAAAACAUACUUUUUGAUAAAUAAAUAUAUUGGGGAUUUUUUAAACAUUCCAGAAAACAAUCAAAAAGUUCAAAAAACUCUUCCAAAUUCAGGACUAGAUUAUUGCACUGAUGGCUAUCUUUCGCCUAUUGUAGAGUUUAGGUCAAGAAACAGAUCAUUUCCAGCCCGUAUAUUGUCUAAAAAACCAGACGAUAAAAAGGUUCUUUUUGGAGGAAUAGUUGCUUAUGUUUUAGGAAAAAAUACAAUACCUAAAUCUAUUAAUGGAAUAAAAGAAAUCCGUGAAGGAAUUGUUCCAGUAGUUCCUAAAUUUGCACAAAUAUCACCUGAAGGAAAAUUACAAGUCUAUGUAACGUUUUUAGAUUCAAUUAAAGAUUGCAAAUCAUCUAAAUGCUAA